CAGAAUCCACCCCCAUUACCACCGAGGGCUGUGUCUCAAUUUCUCAGGGAAACGGUGCUGAGCAGAAGGGUGUGAUGUAGGUAAGCCUCACACUCCGGUACAGUAGGUGGCAGUAUAUGCACUGUUUGGUUGGAAUCCGCCAACAAAUUACAAGAAGGAGAAGAAGAGGGAGAAAAGAACGAGGAGGAAGAAUACUACUAUUACUAGUAAAUACAUGAAGAACGAGUUAUCCUAGUCAAGGCGUUGGAUGGAGGAUAAAAUGGACUGGAGUGCAGACUUGAGCGACUUUGACAAGGGCCAAAUUGCUAUGGCCAGACGACUUGGUCAGAGCAUCUCAGAAACGGCAAGGCUUGUGGGGUGCUCCCGGUCAGCAGUGACCAUGUCUUCUAAAGAAAAAGGCAAGUUUGAAGGCAUGGCAAAGGGGGACAAGGUCGGCUACGAGAAAGAAAUGAAGAACUGCAACCCACCCAAGGGCCAGCAAAAGAAAAAGAGGUUCAAGGACCCCAACGCUCCCAAGAGGCCACCGUCUGCAUUUUUAAUCUUCUGUGCUCACUUCCGGCCAAAGGUGAAGAGCGAACACCCAGGUCUGUCCAUCGGAGACACCACUAAGAAGCUAGGUGAAAUGUGGAACAGCUCCUCGGCAGAGGAGAAGAAGCCAUAUGAAAAGAAAGCAGCCACACUGAAGGAGAAAUACGAUAAGGAUAUCACCUCAUACUGCACCAAGGGUAAACUCCAUACGUCCUCUUCUGCAACUGACGAUGACGAAGUAGAGGAUGACGAGGAGGAAGAGGAUGACAAGUAGCUGAUUAGUAGCUGCCCUGCUGUUGGAACGUCCAUUCUUGUUUAAUGACAUGUAAAACCUGUGGUAGAAAUGUCACAUCUCUGGAAAGAGGCAACAAGAACUCCUUAGAUUGUAUAUUUCAUGUUUUUAAAACAUGGGUCCGGUUUCACAGACACAGAAAAAAAAAAAAUAACUCCAUUGAGCUUGUUUUUUUUUUAUUCCUAGACUAGGCUUAUUCUGCGUGUUUAGUAGGCAUAUUGUUUUAUACUCCCUAACUGGUUUAAGGUUAACACUACUGGUUUUCAGUUGGUUGUUUUGUUUUUAAUAUUUCAGUGGUAGUUCUUUUUACAUUGCCCAUUAUCCCGUAGGAGGAAUAUAAACCAAUAUUAAAGUAAUACGUUCUCUAAGUAUACAACUCUAGAAUCAGAUUUUAUGGUUGGGAGCUAGUGUAACCCUGUCUUGUAUUUAUUUUAAAGGAUUUUUUCCUUUUUUAUUGUUCUCUGAAUACCACUCUAAAACAUGUGGGAAUGUCUUGAAUAAAGAU